AGGAAGUUGUGUUGGCCGUUGCUGCGUCACCACUGAGACUGACAGGAACAAACAGUGCAGCAUAUGGGUCUAGUUUGACUGCUGAGCUUGAUAGUUUCAUACACUCCUCUUGGUCUUGUUUAUUUGUAUUCAACUUCGUCUUUGUCUUUGUCAAAUGGCUUAAACUGCAAACGAAGACCGUUCUGAUAGACCUUAGAUUUAACUUCACUCAGACACUGCUGUUCUCCAAGCUUCUGUGCAUCAUUGUCACCCUUGCACCCUACUUAUACUCCGGUGGCUUUUGGGGUGUGGGGUGUGUGGGGGUGACUGUAGCUCAGGGGCAGAUGGCCCUCAGUGUGUAAUUUCGAGGAGAAGCCAUUGGGGCCGUGUGUGGGAGACUGAACAAGCAUCAGACAGGAGAGGUAAGGUGAAGAGACAGGAGAGUGUUCUGCAGCUAUGGGAUGCUGCAGUGUGACACAGAGACACACAGGAACUGAUGAAGUGGGCCCCGAUGAGAUUGAACUCAUGGAAAUCAACAAUGCAGGGCUGUGGAGUCUUGCUGAAAGUAAGCUCCAAAUUACCACACGAAAUGGCACACAUGAAGGUCCCCAUCGCUGCCCCUCUGUCAGGCACCUGAAGAAAGAGGACCCAGAUCCUGUCUCUACAAGGGAGCUGACACAGAGCUCCAUUUCAAAAACAGUGCUUUGGGGAUGGACGAAAGACGAGUUCCAUCAUAGGCUGUACACUCAACCAAUCAGAGAAUGGGAAGGGCGGGCUCCACACACAUAUGGAGAGAUUAUACACUCAUCUUCUGUGUAUUUACACAGUGAAUACACAAAGGCUAUGAGCGAACAAUAUCUGGUUUUAUUUUCCUUCCAUCUGUUAAUCCUCGCUGUGGACAGCUCUAAUCAUGAUUUUAUGUAUGAGGGCAUUCUUCCCCUCUCUGCCAUUGAGGUGCGACUGAUCUCUCAGCAGGACCCCAGUUCUCCACAUAUGUUUGAGAUUAGAGGACCUAUGGUGGACUCAAAGAUCUUCAUUUGUGCUAGUGCUGCUGAAACAAAAACCUGGAUGGAGAACAUUGAGGACAGGAGAUACAAAAGUCUGAGGCAGCAGCUAAGCCCCUACCAUAGCGCUCUCUCAUAUUUGGUGUCAUGUGAUGAGAGCUGGAAGAGGGAGGAGCUUAAAAGGUAUUUACUGCGUUCUCCCAUCUUUCAAUGGGAGGGAACACCAAUUCAGCACAUGGGCUAUCCAAAAUACCUUUCAAUGGUGCACAUCAGCAACAUAUACUCACAGACCCGGGUUUUGCAGGGACAUCAGGAACGCUUGCUUGUGCUCUUUCCAUUUGACCUUCUCAUUCUGUCUGUUGACUGUCAACGUGUACGAGUGGAAUAUGAGGGUCGACUGCCACUGAAGAGCAUCAAAGCCUUGGAAAGAUCUGCACUACCUGGCAGACUGGAAUUUGAACUCACUGGUGAAAUGAUGGAGCCUCUGCUGGUCUCCUGUAUUUACCCUGAGGAUUAUCAAAGCUGGAUCUUCCAGUUGCAACAGCCUGAUAAAGUGUCAGAUUCAUUGCCACAUCACACCCCUCCACCUCUCAUACCAAAAAAGCACAGAAGCUAAGGAAGAUCAGAAGAAUGUGAAGGAUGGGAAUCGAAAUUAAUGUGACCAGAGUCUCUCCAACAAAUGACAUCACAUCACAAAUACUCCAGUUAUUCAUUGUUCCAAAUGAAUGCUUUGAUGUCAAAUUAACAUUUCACUUUUGUGUCUGAUUCCUUUGGAAGUGACAUUUUUAACUCAUAAGUAACUCUCACAAUCUCAGCACAGCUUGUCAGGUGUACAGAGAGAUUUUCAAUAGCAACAGUAGGAAACAGAACAGGUAAUUCUAUUAGACAUUUAUUAAGUACAGUCUACUCCGUUUCUGUAAAUAUCUGCAUGAUCUACUUAUGCACACAUAAGUACAAACACUGUAUAAAAUGAGUACCGAAUGUUUCAUUGAGAUAACAAUAAACUGCUUUUAUAAGAAAUGCAUU